AACUAAAGCGGUUAAUUACUUUUACAAUAAAAAUACUCUUCAUUUAAACGAAGUCUUCUAAGAUACAGAUGAUAAUAAGUCCAUGCAAAGACGCUCAACAUUAUUAGUAAUUAGGACAAUGUAAAUCAAAGUCGCAAUAAGAGCUCUUUCCAUGCCGACAGCGCUCUCACAAGCAUGGUGAACGUUCCUGAAACCCACCGGCCUUUCUGUACGAAGUGUGGCAGGCACCGACCCCACGAGGUGACACAGUACAAGAAGGGCAAGGAUUCUCUGUACGCCCAGGGAAAGCGGCGGCACGACAGGAAGCACAGUGGCUGUGGAGGGCAGACUAAGCCGAUUUUCCGGAAAAAGGCUGAAACCGCAAAGAAGAUUGUGCUGAGGCCUGAAUGUGUGGAGCCGAACUGCAGCUCCACGAGAAUGCUGGCCAGUAAGAGAUGCAAAGCAUUUUGA